CCGCCAUGUCGACCUCCCCCCCUAUCUUCACCGCGACCUCGGCCUACUCUCUCGCCUUCGUCUCCGCCGUAGGCGUCGCGGCCUAUGUGGCCUCGAAGUCGCUGCUGCCGAAGAAUGCGAGCUGGCAGGAUCGUGUGACGUUCAUAUGGCUCGCUUUUGACGGCAUCAUCCACUACACGCUCGAGGGCUCGUUCCUCUACUACUCCAUGUUCGGCAAGCAGGUCAUCAAGAGCUCCGGGCCUAUGGCGCAGAUGUGGAAGGAAUACGCGCUCGCGGACUCGCGCUGGGGCACGGCGGACCCGACGGUCGUCUCGCUCGAGAUCCUCACCGUUUUUGGGGUGGGCACCAUGUGCUUCUACGUCCUGAAGCAGCUCGUGCAGCGCGACCCCACGCGCCACUACUGGAUCAUCGUGCUCAGCACGUCCGAGAUCUACGGCGGAUGGAUGACAUUCUGUCCCGAAUGGCUCACGGGCAGCCCGAGCCUGGACACCUCGAACGCGCUCUACCUCUGGGUGUACCUCGUCUUCAUGAACAUCAUCUGGGUGUUCGUCCCGGCCUGGCUGAUGUACGACUCGUACGGGCACAUCGCGAAGUCUUUGCGCUUUGCGCAGGCGAGUGCGAAAACCAAAAAGAACUGAACUCAGAACAGCACACUCACCACAUCCCGGUACAACGCGGGCCACGUCCUAUGGCCCUCCUAUCCCCGGCGAGGGACGCGCUUAUGAUCUGUCAGGUUGCUCGAUCACACUUAUCUCAAAUGUUUUGACUUGCUUACUGCUUUCCCGAUGUGCAAUGCAAACUAUUCGUCUG